AUGGACACUCGCAUGGCCCCUAAUUACGCCGACCUCUUGGCUACGUCGAACGGCACCCACAUAGUUCACAGUCAAGUAUUGCCUACAAGUUCAGAAAGAUUGCAGAACUUCUACACAUCUCCGGCUUAUCUUCCUGUGAACUACAAGCUUUCAAAUGUACAGCUAGCCUUUUUCCUGAAUAAAGACAAAUUAAACACACAUUGGAACAGCACCAAGUCACUCCAACGCUUGGAACAUUUUGUUGUAUUUCAGACGAAAGAACUUCCAGUGGUGAAUGCGACUUUAGGACCUUUCUCUAUGGAUCGCAUUCUCCCAAAAGAUAUACUUCAGCCCACCAGUACGUUGGAAGUACUGGACCGAUUCACCAUGAAUUGGAAGGUCAGAGCCUUUAUUAUCCAACAGCGAGUUCCUUUUAACCAGCCACUUAUUCAAGUACUAUUCUAUGUGGCAGGUCGAGAUUGGGAUGAUUUUGACGUUGUGGAUAAAUUACCAUGUGCAAGACUUCAUGUUUUCCGUGAUGUCAGGGAUAUCGAAAGCUCCUGCAGACUGAGGGGCAUUUUAGCCAUUUGCCUCGUCCAAAUUGAAUUGCCCUUUGCCUGGUUUAGUUCUGCCACCACAACUCUGGGAAGAAAGGAAUCCAUGGAUAAUUUGGAUACAAUCAGUGAAAAUCUUCAAGUUGAACUCUACUACACCUUGCAUCCUCCGGAUAGAAAUGGGGAAUGCAAUGCUGGCAGUGAUGCAUCUUAUCGUAAAGGGAAAAACAUUAGGCAGGAUGGAUCUCACCAACAGCCUCUGCUACGUAUAGGGAGCAUUAAUUUAUACCAGCCUCCCCAAGCACAAUUAAUUCAGGAGCACAGGUUUGAUGGAAAUAUUUUCAUUCGUUUGCCAGAAGGACCACUAAAAUCUGGGGAAAUCCUCAGUAUCUCUGUGUUUCUAACACCAAAUUCAACAGUGGAGCAAUUCACUCUGAGAGUAAAAGCCAAAAAAGGAGUGAACCUGAAAAACAUGUGGCCCAAAAAUCCUGAAACCUGGCAGUUGAGAUCAGAGAUCAUGAAUGGUGGAAAACAUUCCAUUGCUACAGUGGAGAUGAAUAGGAAGCAAGGAGUUUUAAGCAGCAGUGAAAGUGUUCAGCCCAACGAAAUCAUUCAGUUGAAUUUCGAGAUGGAAAAUUUUACAAGCCAGUCAGUGACAAGACGUAUUCAAUGGCAUGUUGACUACCGUGGGAAAAAUCCUCCUCCAGAUUUGGACAAAGUGGUAACAGAAUUGGCAGUGAUCCAAAAAGACAUCCGUGCUAUUGUACCACUCUCUAUGGAUACAGAGAUCAUCAAUACUGCAAUACUGACAGGAAGGACUGUGGCCAUUCCUUUAAAGGUCGUUGCUGUGGAAAUGAAUGGAAUCAUCACAGAUGUGUCACCCUCCGUUCAGUGCAGAUCAACUAAUGAAGAUAUUAUUAAGGUCUCCAAAGGUUGUGAUUAUGUGUUUGUGAGUGGCAAGGAAUCUCGAGGCUCAAUGAAUGCCCGGAUUAUUUUCAACUAUGAGCACUUGAGUGCCCCACUGGAGCUGACAGUUUGGGUACCAAAACUUCCUCUGCAGAUUGAAUUGUCGGAUGGCAAAUUAAGUCAAGUGAAAGGAUGGAGAGUGCCAAUCCUCCCUGAUAGAAGACCCACUCGUGACAGUGAAGAUGAUGAUGAGGAAGAGCGAAGCAAAACACGAGGCUGCACUUUGCAGUACCAACAUGCGUUGGUGCGAGUGUUCACACAAUUCCACACAACGUCCUCAGAGGGCACUGAUCAGGUGAUCACUAUGUUAGGACCUGACUGGUCAGUGGAUGUCACUGAUCUAGUCAGUGACUUCAUGAGAGUAGCAGAUACAAGAAUUGCACAGAUCAUGGAGGGAAAUGUGUUGAGUGGACGUGAACCUGGAACAACUAUGUUCAAGGUAGUCUCUCCACUUAUGGAGGUUGUACUUGGGGAAGUGCCACUGAUUGUUGCUGAUGACAAAGUCACUAUCACUGACCUCAGAGCAGAACUCGUCUCUGGUCUGUCAUUGAGCCUUGAAUCAAAUCCUGGAACUAGUCACACCUUCAUCGCCAAGACAACAGCUCAUCAGCGCCUUCAAACACUGAAACAGGAAGGUAUCCUGAGCACAUGGAUUUUCUACAGUGACAAUACAGCUGUACCACUGAACCUUUAUGAUGCUAAGGACUACAACCUGACAGUUACCUCACUGAAUGACAAAGUAGUCUCUUCAACCCAGGAUUCUGUUUGGUCUCUGAUAAUAGCAGAGGGUGAAGGGUCAGGUGAAUUUAUCAAGGUGGAAUUGGGGAUCUGUGAACUGUGUAAAAAGACCAAUCGCAAGAGUGUGUUGUUUGUAACAUUGGUCAACGUGAAGGUUCACUUUGGGUCUGAUAAUUCAGAAGAAGACCUAGAAAAUACUGGUGAGGAUUACGCGCCUGAUGGAGAUAGUGGAGUGCACUUUGACAACACAAGAGUGUCCAGCAUGCCUGUUGAUAUUGAUAUUACAGAUCUGCCAAAAGAUCUUGCAGAUCCUGAUGAUGAAUAUGCCCCCACACCAAGGGGUUUGACUGACUUGGAAAUUGGAAUGUAUGCACUAUUAGGGGUCUUCUGUCUUGCCAUUUUGGUUUUCCUAAUAAACUGCAUUGUUUUUGUUCUCAAGUACAGGCACAAACGUAUUCCCCCAGAGGGCCAAGCAAGCAUGGACCAUUCACAUCAUUGGGUGUUCCUAGGUAAUGGUCAACCCCUUCGUACCCAGGCUGAUCUCUCACCCCAGCCUGAAAGUCCAGGAAACCCAUUAGAAAACAUCCAAACCUGCUGCCAUAGUGACCAUCAGAGUAGUGGCAGCUCACAGACAAGUGUACAAAGUCAAGUGCACAGCAGAGCAGAUGGUUCAUCUGGGGGGUCAGUAAGGGAACACAGCGAGGAUCCGCUGCACUCACCCACCUCCAAGCGUAAGAGAGUCAAAUUUACCACUUUCACCACACUGCCAUCAGAGGAACUUGGCCUGGCCUACAAUUGCAUCCCUAUAGCCGAUGAGGAAGACAUUGAGUGGGUCUGCCAAGAUAUGGGCCUCCGAGACCCAGAAGAACUACACAGCUAUAUUCAGAGAAUAAAGGAGAUUGCAUAGACUGCUACAGACUUUCCUUUGGUGCAUUUGUAUUUACCAGAAAUUUGUCUCAUG